AUGUUUCAGCAAGCUUACAGCGAUGAAGCAAUGGAUUGUAUGAAAUUUUUCCAGUGGCACAGGCACUUCAACCCAGAAAGAAUGUUCCUGGAAGACAAUGAGAGAUCUGGAAGACCUGCCACAUGCAUCACCCUUAGAAAUGUGGAGAAAAUUCAUCAGCUUCUGCAUGAGGAUUGCCAGAGGACAAGCAACGACAUUGCUAAUGUUGUUGGUUUGUCUUAUGGAUCCGUGCAGGCAUUCCUAACAUCUGGAUUGAACACGCAAUAUGUCUAUGUUAAGUUUGUCUCCUGCCUGCUGACCACUGAACAGAAAGAACAUCUUGUUGAAAUCUGUCAAGAUCUCCAUCAGCCUACAGCUGAUGACUCAUCAUUCAUUUUGAGAAUCAUCAGUGGUGAACGGAGUUGGGGCUGUGGGUACGACCCUGAGAUGAAGCAGCAGUCGCAGUGGAAGAGCCUUUCAUCUGCAUGA